GAUAAAUAAAGGAGAAAAGAAAGGGCUGUGGAUCUGAAGGCGAGCAUGGAGGUUAAUGUCAUCAUGAUGAUCUUAGUUUUAGGAGCAGGGUUAUGGGACAUGGAAACUGAAGCAGUGACAGAAACAGAAGAGGAAGGACAAGACAUUGAAAUUACAUGUUCACACUCUAACGCUAUUGGCAACGGCAAAUAUUUCUGCAAAGGAGAUUGUAGAAAUAAAGACGUCCUUAUACACACGGCGGACAAGGUUCCAAAUGGGAAAUACAGCAUCAGAGAUGAAGGCAACACGUUUUAUGUGACCAUCUUUAAACUGACUAUAAAUGACUCAGGGCUUUACUGGUGUGGAAUAGACAGAGUUGGUCGGGACACGUACAAUCGAGUGGACCUCAUAGUCACAAAGCGAACUCUAACACAAGAAAAUCCAUCCAAGGCAUUUGGGUCCCAUAUGUCAUCCACCAUGAAGCUGUUGUAUGUCGGGGCCAGUCUUGGAGUGCUUGUGUUGGGUCUGGUGAUUGGCCUCAUAAUAUUUAUCAAACAUCGAAAAAGAGACAAAGACAGCCAAUCUACCGGGCAGGAUCAUAACUGCGUCUAUGCCAUACCAUCGAAACAGAGACAACAUGCACCACCUGACACCAGCACUUCAGCGCUGAAUGAAAAUCUGGAGAGAGACGAGGAAACGGCCACUAUCUCUGAAGGCGGUCUUUUCUAUUCCUCUGUCAGCUUCAACACACACACAGACUGCAGCGCUGUCGCAACUCACACUCCUACAGUUACAUACUCAGUCGUAACACGCAAACCCAUAGAUGAGACAGCUGUCUACUGUAAUGUCUGAACUCCUUUGGAUGACUGGUGUUGUGUGAUUUUGUGUUAACAUGAACAGAUACUCAGAUAGAUACGUUCCAUGACUGAAUUCUUGAGCAAUGAAUGAAUUUAAAUGCAACGUAUACAACAAGAAACAAGCAUUAUUUAUUACUUAGUUUGAUACAGUAAAGAUAUCUUAUCAUUUUUGUUAUGUAAUAUUAUAUUUGCAAUAUAUAUUAUGAGAAAC